AUGGCAUCGCCGAAGCUACAAGAUAGCGGAACCGUGAGCUUGCCGACUACGAUCGCGCCACCAAAGCUGCAGGAGAACGGGGUCCUGAGCCUGGAGGAUACGCCCGGCGAGACCAAGAAGAUCAUUGAACGAAAUGACGCGCAGUCCCCGCUGCUGAAGCUCCCAGCAGAGAUCCGCAACCGCAUCGCAAGUCUCGCUUGCGAGACAGAGACUGGUUUUGUGUGGUUUCUCGAUGACAAUGGCCAUAUUGUCACCUCUUCCAAGUUCCGCGAAGCGGUUUCCGCAAACCCUUUGAAUGCGGUUUGCAAGAUGCUGCGCGCGGAGACAAAGUGGCUGGAGAUCAAGAUGCACAAGAUCAAGGUGGAAAGCGAAAUCUUUCUGCGAAUGCACACCGACAAAGACCUCCGAUUGAGGCAAAUCAAAUGCGGCAUCGAGAUAGCGAUCAUUCACCAAGGUGAAUUCAUGAUAGAGAAUCGCCGGCGUCAAGCCAUCUUCGAAUACGCCAAAGCAAACCCCGACAUCAAGAUCGUGGUGCGCAUCACCAAUUGGAAAGUUGCUUCGGCAAUGAUACCACUCCAGUACUUUGUCUGCCUGGGAUGGGCAAUGGAAAAGACCCUACGGGGCAAAAAGAGGAAGUUUACCGGCUGCACAAAGGCCUUUGCAAGCUGGGAGGAUGGAAUGGCAAAAGAAGACCUCGAUCUGCCAAAUCUGAGGUUCUUCCCCAGCAUGGUGUUCUUUGGCGAAGACACGUUCCGCCGCAACAUGAACAAUGGCGAGGAGCGUACGUUUGUCAAGAAGCUCCUCAAGCAGUAUGGGAGUGAAGACGCGGUGGUGGAGGCGAUGGGCGUCUGGUUUGAGGAGGGUAUAUAG